GAAAACCCACAAGAUAAACCCUCUCGGCACCUCCCACCCCGUCGUCCGCGCCCGUCUACUCGUCCGCAACCCAUUCGGCGACAUGCCGCCGCCGGCGCUGCUCUUCCUCUCGCUCCCCUCGCCUCCCCAACCACUCCUGCUUGUCCAACACCGCAAGGCCCCGCAAGCCCUAAUCCUUAAUCUACCCCUCACCUCAUCCAGGAAACCCGCCCUUCCCGCGCGCCCCGUCGCCUCCCUCGCGCCAGCUGUGGCCACACUCCAAUCUGACUGGACGCGCAAGCAGAGAAUACGGAGGCAGGGUGGUCUAUCUUGUAGAUUUUCAAAAAUUGUGUCCUAUUAUGGGCUCACAACUCCGCCAUAUAAACUGGAGGCUCUGGAACCUUAUAUGAGCAGGAGAACAGUUGAACUUCAUUGGGGUAAACACCAUCGGGAUUAUGUGGAGUGCUUAAAUAAGCAGCUUGCUAGCAGCCCGCUGUAUGGAUACACUCUGGAGGAGCUGAUAAAAGAAGCGUACAACAAUGGCAAUCCAUUACCAGAAUAUAAUAAUGCAGCGCAGGUCUGGAACCAUCACUUCUUCUGGGAAUCAAUGCAACCAGAAGGUGGUGGCUUACCUGAGGGAGGUGUUUUGCAGCAGAUUGAAAAGGAUUUUGGCUCGUUUACUAAUUUCAGGGAAGAGUUUAUUUCCUCAGCCUUACAACUAUUGGGGUCUGGUUGGGUUUGGCUUCUCUUGAAGAGAAAUGAGAGAAAACUUUCAGUGGUCCAUACAAGAAAUGCCAUCUCCCCACUUGCUUUUGGCGAUAUUCCAAUUGCCAGCCUAGACUUAUGGGAGCAUGCUUACUACUUAGACUACAAGGAUGAUAGACGAACAUAUAUUACAAACUUUAUGGACCAUCUCAUCUCUUGGGACACUGUCACUCUGCGCAUGAUGCGUGCUGAGUCUUUUGUGAACCUUGGUGAGCCAAAUAUCCCAGUGGCAUGAGAUACAGAUACACCCUGGUUAUUAUCAGUAAUGGAAACACUCAAUCCAGAACAUCCAUGGAUUAUUUAAUGCUCUUUCUCAUGGAACAACAAGGCUUCAUUCAAACAUUUGUCUUUCUUUUUCUAUUUUUAGUUAAUGUUUUGUGGUGAGUUGUUAUGGGGCUUAACCUGCAACUGAACUGAGAACUUGGCAGUCUGAGGCUGUCUUUCUCACAUGAGAAACACCAGAUUGAUGCAAUAUUCUUGCGUCCACUGUAUGUCAGCAUAAAUUAUUCAGGCUACAGCCUACUUGAGGAUUGCAGAAUGCAGAUGGUCCAAUUAUUUUCCCUUUGGCAUCUCAUAUAAAAGAAGCUACUGUAUUUAAUAUCCCCUAUCAAGUUGUUUGUUGUUCAGCCGUUUAAAAGUUUGAUCCCUUGUUUUCAUCCACUGAACAGGUAUCCUGCGAAGAUGUCAGGUCAAAUCCUGCAGGAGCAAGCAGAAAGUUGGAAAAGCUGCAUAAGAGUUGCUUAUCUCCCUAUUGCAGUAUACACGAUGAACUUAAAAGAUAAGCUUCUGGGUUUUCACCAUUGCCCUUGGGCCUUGGCUGUUGCUACAAGGAAGUCAGCAUCCAAUUUCAAGACACGCAACAAAGCAGCUUUAGACACUUGGGAGCAUGUAGAUUAUGGUGUUGGGCAAUGUCCAACUUGGGCUAUGAAGCCAUAGCACUUUCUCUAGGCGGCUAUUCUUCAGAACAAGCGCCCAGACUGAAGUUUUAAUAGAUUCAGCUCUAAGUUUUCAGGACAUAGUUGUGCCAGCGACCAGCGUUUUGUUGUAGCGGAAUGGAACCAUUUUUUUGUUUUAUUGGUUGAGGAAUCCUAAUAAUUUUGGAUUGUAGGGAAAUCUUUUGUGUUUGUUAGACACUGCAAGUGUGAUUCUUAGUAGAAAGAAGUUGACUUUGUGGAUUGGAAUAUUUCA